AAUGACAAGUCUUAAUUCAAAAUGAUGUGAAAAGGUCCAUAGAUGUGGGCAUCUUUGUUCUGAAGUCCAAAAUGACACUAAGAUUUAUUUGAAUAGAAAGAAGCUGAGAAGUGAGAAGCGAUGAAGAGGCAAGGGCAUGGAGAGUACAGGGAGAUUACUGAAGGAGAUUUUUUGGGUGACGUCACUGGAAGUGAGAAAGUGAUUUGCCACUUCUACCAUAAGGAAUUCUAUUGAUGCAAGAUAAUGGAUAAGCAUUUGAAAUCCCUUGCAGCAAAGCAUGUGGAUACAAAGUUCAUCAAGCUGGAUGCUGAGAAUGCUUCUUUCUUUGUUACCAAACUUGCAGUCAAAACUCUGCCUUGUGUUAUAAUUUUCAGAAAAAGGGUUGCUGUAGAUAGGUUGGUUGGGUUUCAAGAUCUUGGGGGGAAAGAUGAUUUUGCUACAAGGACACUUGAGGUUUUUCUGAUAAAGAAAGGUAUAAUUAGUGAGAAGAAAAAUGAAGAUGAUGAGGACGAUGUUUAUGACGAGAGUAGGCGCAGAUCAGUGAGAUCUUCUGUGAAUCAUGAUUCUGAUUCUGAGUGAAAAAAAAG